UCCCCUUAAUAUUAAUUAUUAAAUAAUACCUAUGAUUUUUUUUUUAAAAACCUCUAAAAAUCUCACAAGCCGAAACAUCCAGGCUUCCGCGUAUUUUGUCUCAUUCACUUCCCCAAGUUCCAACUAACUGAAAAUUUUAAUCCCAGUCCAGAGACCCCCUUUGUCUCUUUCUCACUCUUGUGAUCAUCUGGAGAUCUCCAUCAAGAAGCUACCACUCUCCUUCUGGCCACCUCUCUCUACAAACACACACUCAUAUAUAUAUAACGCUCCUAAACACUUCACUCUCCCCACUUCCCUCUUCUUACACCUUAUCUCUCGUUCUGUCUGAUACAUUUGUCUGUUCAAGACGACGUCACUUUCUAUGUCUGUUCAGACUAUUUCCAGUUCAGAAGCGUACCUGAGUCACCAAAGAGCACGUUUUGGAAUGGAACGUGGGGCAAGAUUGCUCAAAGACUGCCUCUUGGAAGAUUCGAACUCAUGCUCCUCCAACGGGUUCAAAUCAUUUCCUAGACAGCCUCUCCUCCAGCCAUUCCCCAUCAAACCCAAGAAAGAAGAAUCAAAGGCAAUCCACAGGAAGACUUUGCAGGCGGUCAUUAACGCCAUCAAGAGCCUCCGUUUCACCGCCGUUAAAUCUGCCCCCUCCAUCUUACCAAGGAGCCUUUCACGUAGGUUGUCCAAGAAGAACGGCAGUAACAAAGUUAACCAGGCUGAUAUAGCCGUCCGAGUCAAAGACAUCGUGCGUUGGAGAUCAUCCAGGGACUUGCACCAGGACGUAUCACCACCGUCCGAUUUCGAACCGUCCACGGUGAAUACAACCACGACUGGCUCAACCACAAGCGGCACGCCUUGUAGCAGUUGGUGUGACUCGGAUUUUACUUUGGAGUAUCUGCCGUCCUGGGGAGGUAAAUUAGAGGACUUGGGUGAAAAGGACGUUGGAAAAGAGAACUGCGAGAUCGGUAAGGAGGAUUUACAGUGUGUCGGCGAAGAUUCUUCCACGGAGACAACGGCAGCAAUAGUAGCCGACACUAACACUCAAGUGGGACCUGAGGAGGACUUACAAUGUGAUGGGGACACUGACCACAACAGCCCGGUUUCAGUUCUUGAGGUUGAAUACGAGGAGGAUGACGGCGGAGCAUCGGACGCUUCUCUCGGUCAGUGCCUUGACAAUGUAGAAAGAACUAAACAAAAGCUUAUGCAAACGAUCAAACGGUUUGAGACUUUGGCUAAGAUCACUCCUUUCAAUUUAGACGAAUGGGAAUCAAUUGAUGAAGACUCUUGCAAUGGAAGGGCAGAAGAAGAUAUUAGCUAUAAUGGUGACACUUGCAAUAGUCUUGACAGUGGAACUGAAGACGAAGAAGAAGCAGGAGAGGUUGAAGAGAAGGCACACCAGCUGUGGAGCCAAGUCAAGGAGGGGUGUGCAAUAUGGAUUCACGAAGAACGUCUGAUAAUGGACUUUUUCAGAGAUGAAGUGAUGAAAAGACUGUGCUUACACCAUGAAACCUAUGGAGAUCGAGAAUUUGAGAACCAGUUGGUGGGCAAAGCAAAGGAAUGGAUGCGUGGGGAGAGACUCACGGAGAUUGAACAUGGAUCGAUUGAGCAGAGGAGAAAGGCAUGUCUUAGGGAAAUCGAAAGAGGAGAUUGGAACGGGAAACAGGUGAAGGAAGAGGGUGAGGAGGUGGCUGUGGGGAUUGAGGAUGGGCUUUUGGAUUUGCUAAUCGAUGAAAUGCUAACUGAGCUCUACCAAUGGUGAUUCCAUUCCCCUGAAAUAUGGGAAAAGCUUUGAUUCUACUCACCAGAUGAACAGGAGCAAACUCAAACCACACUGUUCUUGAAGAGCUUCUAAAGCAUAAGCUGGGGCUACCAUGGCCAAGAAAUCUGCAAACGGAGAUAAAAACAUCUAUGAACCUCAUUCAUGUUCUGGAAGCUUUAGCAUAGAUGUCGGCAAGCAGGAACAAUUUUGCUUAGGGCAUGACUCAUGCCCAUGUUUUACUCUAGCUUUCUCGGAGGAAUAAAACAAUGUACAUUUACUUUGUCAUUUCGAUGUGGCAAGCAGAAACAAAUUUUGAUUAGAGCAUAGCUUAUGCUCC